AUGUCCACCUCCCAAAACGACUUCCGCAACGAGCUCCUCGCGUGCACCUCGCACACGCAGGUCCUCGCGCACAUCGAGGAGCACGCGCAUCAGUAUGAAUGCGGCGCAGGCUCGGUCGCGCUCCACGUGCUUGCAGCCACGGCGCGGCCGCUCGGUGCCGAGGCUCGGCAGAUUGGCGCGACCCACGCGGUCGGGCGGCUCGUGAUGCAGCUCGGCGGCCAGCUCGCCGGCGGGACCGAGCUCGACGCGAACGGGCUCGUCGCCUUGCUCUGGGCGCUCGCGACGCUCGCACCGCUCGAGUCGGCGCUGCUCUCGGGUCUGGUCGGCCGGAUCCUGCUGCUGACCUCGCGCGCGGCGUGCUCUCCCGCGCAGCUCCACAUCUCGACGCAGGCCAUCGCCGCGCUCGGCCUCCUCGCGAGCGGCCCGACGGCCCGCAAGCUCGCCACCGCGCUGCUCCCGCGGAUCGGCUCAUUCAACGCGGCGCAGCUGGGCGACUUGCUGCGCGCCUUUGCGAUCCCGCCGACGGGCGGCGGCGGCGACGAGGCGGACGCGGUCGCGCACCGCGCCGAGGGCGCCAUCGAGGCCUUUUUCCGCGAGGCGCUGCGCUCGACCUCUCCGCCACACUUCUCAACCCUUUGGAGUCCGAAAUGCCCCUUGGGUUGCCUGCAGGCGCUCGCUCCGCUCACCCUCUCCGCCACCUUCCUCGACCCGCCUCCCGCCUCGGCGACCCACCUCGAGCGGGCGCGGCUCGCGGCGCGGCGGCUGCACGGCGCCCCGACCGCCCUCGUCGCCCUGGCGGCCGCCAACCUCGACCCUCCCGCGGAGCCCGCCGCCAUCGACGGGCUCCUCGGCUCGCUGGAGCGCGCGCGCUUCUCGGCGGAGCGGCUCGGGCUGCAGACGCUCUCCGAGCUCGCGUGGGCGCUGCGCAAGCUCGGCCGCGGGCAGACUCGCCGCCGAGGCGGGGCACUGCACCUUCUCCGCACCUUCUCCGCACCUCGCCGUAGGCUCGUCCCCGCGCUCGCCGUCUUGCGCGAGCAGCAGGCGCACGUCGGCGAGACGCUGCGCGCGCAAAUCUCGUCGGCGGCGGACGAGCGCUCGCUCCUCUCCCUCAUGGCGGAGCGGCCCCUCCCCGCCAGCCUGCUCUGCGACGCCCUCGUCCGGCUCGCCGCCCUCGUGCAGGACCGGCCCGGCCCCGCACACUCCGGCCCCGCACCUUCUCGGGCGGUCGCGGUCAAGCUCUACGACGCGAUCGAGUUGCUCGAGGCUGCGCAGCUGCGCGACUCGCUCUGCGCGCUCGCCGCGCUGCGCGUGCGCGACCCGCGCACGCUCAUCGCGUACAUGGAGCGCGUCGUCUCGAUGCUGCACGUGCUCACCGCCUCGGACACCGCGCGCUGCCUCUGGGCCUUCUGCUCGCUCGGGCUCGCGCAGGCACCCGCGUACCACAAGAUGAUGCGCGCCGUCGACAAGAAGAUGGACUCGCUGCAGCCCGACCUGCUCUGCCAGCUGCUGCGCGCCAUCGUGCCGCUCGGCCGCGCCGCCGCCUGCUCGCGCCUUCUGCCGCGCCUCGCGCUGCAGCUCGCCGCCAAGGCGCUCGAGAUAGCGCAGCGCAGCACAGCCUCUUCCGCGCGCGAGACGGCGCAGCAGGGCCGGCCGGCGCCGCCGCUCGCGGCGCUGCUCCUCACGUGCCGCGAGCUGUGCAGCCGGGCACCGCUUGCCGCGCCGAGCGACCCCGAAUCAAUGUCGCUCGCCGGUUCGCUGGCGCCGCCGCAGAUCGCGCACGCGCUCUGGGUGUUUGUGCGCCACUUGCCGCUACUCUCGGCGUGCCACGCGCGCGCGCCGCUGCUCGCCGCCGUCAGGCCGCUGGUGGAGCGCCUCUUCCACUUGCUCUCUGAGGUCGGAUCGCUGCCAGCCGAGCAGCUCUGCGACCUGCUCGAGGCGCUCUGCGCGCACCCUCUCGCCGAGCAGCUGCGCACGGCGGCGGCGCGGUUGUUGCCCGCCGAGGGCGCCGCUGGGCUGAGCGCGACGCUGCGCGCCAUGUCGCUGCUGCCCGUCGGGCGGCUGCCGCUGCUGGACGCGGUCGGCGAAGGCGUCGCGGCUCUGCCGGCGAUGGAGCCCAAGCUGCUCGCCGACAUGCUCGAUGCGCUCGCGCGGCUGCGGUACGACUCCACCCCCGUCCUCGCCGCCGCCGAGCGGCUCGUCGGCGUCGCCCUCGACCACGCGGCGGUGCACGAGGCGCAGGCCGCCACCGCCCUCGAGGCGCUCGCCACGCUCUCGCCGUCGGCGCACUACGCCUCGCCGCUCGUGGUGGGGCUGCUGCCGCGCCUGCUCGGCCGCGCCGGCGCCGCGGCCGUCUUGCUGCCGCACUCUGCCGCCGCCCUGCUACACGGGCUCGCGGCGGCGUGCGACGGAGUGACGCCCGAGGGGCUCGUCCAAAAGAUGCUCGGGUCGGGCUUGCCGGUGGAGCUGGGCGAGGCUGCGAGCGUGCUGCGCUCGUGCGCGCAGCUCGGCCAGCCCGCCGCCGCGACGGCGCUCCUCGACGCGUGCACCGUCGAGCACGCCGAGGCGGCGGUCGCGUUCGCCGACCCGCAGACGAUCGCCGUGCUCCUGUGGUCGUUGCUCGCCUUGCGGCAGCACUCGCACGCGCUGCUGCUCAAGGCGCUCGACGCGGCGCGCGUGACCGCCUUCCGGCUGCCGGCGCAGCUCUGCCUCGUCGCCGAGGCGGCGCUGAUGCUCCAGCUCGAGCUGCCGGACGCGCCGCCGCUGCCCGCCGAGAUGGUGCGCACGGCGGGCCAGCUGUGGGCAAAGUCGCACUUCCUCGCCGCCGAGGCGGCGCACGGCACCGCGCAGGCACCGGGAGCGACGCUGCGUGAGGUGCACGCCGCGAUGUACGUGCUCGAUUUGGUCCUUCCGCCCGAGGUGACGGGCGGGGCGCCGGUCGCGAUCCUGCUGCACACGGACGCGGACAUGCUGCAGGGCGCCGCCAAGCCGUCCUCGGACCUGGUCGGCGGGAUGCAGGUCAAGAUCCGGCUAGUGCAGAGCCAGGGGUGGGUCGUGAUCUCGGUGCUCGAGCACGAGUGGGCGGCCCUCUCGAGCGACGCCGCAAAGGUGCACGGGAUCCGCGAGCAGCUGCUGCCUCACGUCGGGCGAGCCGGCCGGGGCGGGGCGGGGCGGGGGCGGCGAGAGGCGGCCGACUCAAACGAGACGAUGGGCCAUUGUAGGCGCGACAAGGCGGCGGGCGGCGGCCAGGCGGGCGGGAUGCCGGCGGGCGGCGGGCCGGCGGGCGGCGGGCCGGGAGCAGGAGGGGGCGGCGACGCGAUGCAGCAGGCGAUGUUCGCUCGGAUGCAGGCGGAGAUGAUCGCGGCUGCCGCGAGGCCGUACCGCUGA